AUGCGGCACAAGCGCUUUGAUGAUGCUCUCGACGCUGCUGAAAGCUCGCUCCAGCGGCUGCUCCGCUGGUUUCACCCCCCCUCCUCCCGCGCCUCCUUGGGGCCAGCGGCACGUCUCGCUGCAGGCAUCCUGAUCGCCGGAGACAUAGCACUGCCCCGACUGGAGCGAUUGCAGCGGCGAGUAAGACAGUUGCAUUUUCGGACGAAACAUGCGAUGUUGUCAACGGCCGACAGGAUGUAUCCGGUGACGGAGAGCAUUUUGGAGCAGGGCUCAUUGAUUGCCGAGGCGAACUUCGUCUCAGCUCUGUUCCGGCAGCUCCAGGGCAGGCCAGGUCCGAAGCCGAGGGCGGAGCAGCAGACGGAGGCCUGGGUCGUCCUCCUCUGGGGAGGCCGAGGCAGAGAGGCCGAACGCCGCGCCUUGCUCUACUCCGAGGCCAUCCGCACGCUGGCCUUCUCGGCGAGAAAGGCCGAGGCUCCUCGCCGGCGACCUUUCAUUGUAUUGGCCGUUGGCGAACUUUCCGGCGAAGUGGUGAAGGAGUUGACGAUGCACGGCUUGGAGGUGCGCGACGUGGCUGAGAUGAACCAGAGCCUACCGGCACUUGAGAAGCUGCUGCCCCCAGCCAGGGGUGCCGGAGCCUGGUUCCAAGAGAGAGGGCUCCCGCCCAGCUUUCCCCAGCUCGCUGCCUGGGCACUGCCCUUCGACCGGGUGGUGAUCCUGGACGCAGACACGCUGGUCUUAGAGAGCUGCGAUGAGCUUUUCGAUUUGGGCGCCGUCUCGGUGGCUUCCGGCUAUGAGAUGCAUCAGGAGCAACUUGAUCUUUCUCGGCAUGAUGGAAGUCGAACAUACAUGCUCAAUGCAGGAGUCGUCUCGUUGCACCCUGAUCGUCAAUUCCUGCACUACAUGCAUGCUGUGGCCGCCACCGAUGCCUUCAGAGGCAGAGUGCAGCACUACGCGGAGGGUGCCGCACCAACUUUUCAACAGUUCUUGGACAUCUUCCUCUUGGAGGCUCUCUGUGCAAUCCAGCAGCCAUUGCAUGCGUUUCAAGCGGGGGAGGUAACAAACGCUUCCCAUGACUUUACGAUGACAAGCGCCGCCAACGUCGCAGGUGCCAAAGGACACCUCAUCCGCUCUGCGAAGCUGAUUCAAGAUGAUGUCGAUGCUGAGGCGGAGGCGGAAGCACACACGGAAGAAGAGAUCGUCUCCAAUGAAAGCUCUGCAGACUGGCAGCUUGCAGUCUAUGUGUCAAGGCAUAACGUGAUGAUGUAUAACUGGGGAGGAUGGACCAACUGCAAUGAGUUUGAUGCUGGCGGCGACAAGAAGACGAAGUUCUAUUGCGUCAGGGCAAAGAAGAUCAAAUUCACUUUCGAAGGUGCCCCGCGAGGAGAGUUCACUUACAGCCCCAACGCCAAAAAGACCUUGAAGGACUUGCUCACCGGGAGAUAUGUGGUUCACGGUGACGUUAAUCACUGGCGAGCGGUGACGAAGAACUGCUACCAACACAACUGCAAUGCAAGAGGCUUCCAGCCCUUGAAUAGGUGCCGCUACGGUUUCGUCACAAACAACGAGAAUGAUUGUAAUUCUCCCGACCACUCUGCUGGCGUCGGAUGCAAUUUGAUUGCGACAGGCAGCAGAGCUGCUUGCUGUUCUAAUAGAGGAGGUGCCUGCCAGGAGAACUUCAAGACCAAGAUCGAGAUUCUGCCGGUGACGUGCGACAAAGAUGUGUGCGCGGACGGUGAAAUUCUGAAGGAGGAGGGCCUACCAGAGUUCUGCGAAGGCGAAGAGUGCACGAGCGACGAAUGCUGUGCAACCACCACCACCACCACGACUGCGAAGAGCGGAGCUUUCGGAACAAGGAUGCCUCUGCUUUUGCUGCUGAGCCCAUUGGCGUGGCUAGCGAGGUAUCUGUAG